AUGCUUCGCCUCUGCUGGUUGCUUGUUCUUUUUUUUUUUUUUUUUACUAUCUCCCUUUUUUUUUCCUUUCUCAUUCUUUCACACUCUCAUGCCCUCCUUUCGCAUAUCCCCUCUUAUAUCCCCUUAUCUCUCUCUCUCAUAUUAGCAUUCCUUCUCUUUCUCUCUCAUCCUAACCCCUUCUCUUUCCCUCUUAUUCUCAUUCCUUCUAUUUCUCUCACAUUCUCAUUCCUUCUCUCUCUCACAUUCUCAUUCCUUCUCUUUCUCUCACAUUCUCAUUCCUUCUCUCUCUCAUAUUCUCAUUCCUUCUUUCUCUCUCAUCCUAACCCCUACUCUUUCCCUCUUAUUCUCAUUCCUUCUAUUUCUCUCACAUUCUCAUUCCUUCUCUUUCUCUCACAUUCUCAUUCCUUCUCUUUCUCUCACAUUCUCAUUCCUUCUCUUCCUUCUCUUUCUCUCACAUUCUCAUUCCUUCUCUCUCUCUCAUAUUCUCAUUCCUCUCUCUCUCACUCUUUCCUCUUAUUCUCAUUCCUUCUCUCUCUCAUCCUAUCUCUUUCAUUCAUUCCUUCUUUUCUCUCUCAUCCUAACCCCAACUCUUUCCCUCUUAUUCUCAUUCCUUCUUUCUCUCAUCCUAACCCCAACCUUUUCUUAUUCUUUCCUCUUAUUCUCAUUCCAUUCUUUCUCUCUCAUUCUAACCCCUUCUUUCCCUCAUAUUCUCAUUCCUUCUUUCAUAUUCUCUCACCUUUCUCUCUCUCUCAUCCUAACCCCAACUCUUUCCCUCUUAUUCUCAUUUCCUUCUAUUUCUCUCACAUUCUCAUUCCUUCUCUCCCUCAUAUUCUCAUUCCUUCUCUUUUCUCUCACAUUCUCAUUCCGUCUCUCUCAUAUUCUCAUUCCUUCUCUCUCUCUCAUCCUAAUUCCAACUCUUUCCCUCUUAUCAUUCCAUUCUCUUCUAUUUCUCUCUUCAUUCUCAUUCCUUCUCUUUCCUCAUAUUCUCAUUCCUUUCUUCUCAUCUCACAUUCUCUCUUAUUCUCAUUCCUUCUUUUCUCUCUCAUCCUCAUUCCUUCUCUCUCUCAUAUUCUCAUUCCUUCUCUCUCUCAUAUUCUAACCCUUCUUUCUCUCAUAUUCUCAUUCCUUCUUUCUCUCUCAUCCUAA